GAAACGCCUACGUCAGUACAUCACCUCCCCCCUACCUAAGCCGUCAAUUCACCGCCGCUGGUUAGCAACUAUAGCUGUACAGAUUCACCUCCUCUCGACUGUCGUGCGCACUGCCCAAUUUUCAAGUGGCCAAGCGGCCCAAGCCCUUUCAGUUAAUUCAGUUUCUGUUUUACAUGGUACCUAAAGUCCAAACUCCGAAACCAAAAGAGCGCCUUACCACCUUAAUACAGGGAACUGGGAAGACGGUUCGAAUGAAAUAUGAGUCUGCUGAACUUCAGGUGCAGAGCAGAUAAGCUCGGAGCUCCGGUCGGAGGCUUGUAUCUGUAGUGGCGAUUCCGCCUAUAACCGGGAAGAGGAUCCAUGCAAUGCGCCGUGUCAUCGACCGAAGCACCAUCCGAAACUGGUUCGACAGUUGUUUCUGUAGCGUUCCGUUGCCAGUCGCUCUAUCCGACAUGAACGAGUUUAAAUUGAAGAAGGAAUACGAGAGACUGAAAGGCGCAGACGGAAAUAAGGAUCCCAUAAAACUAAGCUUUUACAACAGAUUUAGAUCGAUGUUCUGCAUCUUCAGACAGGCAUGCCUGGAGCUGGGGCGUAUGCAUGCAUUGUUCAAGAAAAGUUUUAAGAGGACCCAUGAAAAUGAGGAUUGGAUCAAUGUAAAAGGAUAUGAGACAUGGAAAAACAUGUUUGCCAAGGAAAGGCAUUACUUUGUUGUCCAAGUUGAGAGUUUAACCAGAAAACCUUGCAAGGAGAAAUUAAUGAUGCAUCCAAUAAUGUGGGGCACCAUACACUUAACUGCUCUGCCAACAUCCUUGAAAUUGAAAAUCCCAAGGGUGUCAUGUUUUUACUGAACAUGUUUUGAGUCAUUUGGAACAUUUCACUCCUGUCAACAAGGAUCGAGUGGCUGACAGAAUGUUCUAUCAUUUAAAGUCUCUUCUCAAAGGCAAGUCAUUUGGCUAUUGUAAAGUAACACUAGGAUUCUAAUACCCUCCCCCUUUCUUCUUGGUUUAAAAAAUCCCAAGUUUUAGUCCUCCCAGGGUAAUACCUGAGAACAUGCUAAGGGAGUUAUUUUAAGCUUAGGUAGGUAGCAAGGAUCUUUUUUUAUUCAACAUUUUUUUUUUUUGCAUUUUGCUUUUCUAGGGGGAUGCUGGUCCCUGAAUACCAUUUUGAAUUGUAUUAAGGACUCUACUUGCCUAUGGGCUGUUGUGAGUUAAACCUCAUAUUUCUUUUGUUUUGGAA